UUGUUUACAUCACGAUCUAGAUUAUUUACUCAGUUUUUAAAGCCAGUUAUGAGUUCUAAUUCUGAAGCACAUUUUUCAUAGUUUUAUCAGACAGUUCAACAAAUCGCUUUUAUGGACUCAAAAACGAAUUUCGGAUUGCUUGCUUUUGUACUUUUGUGCAUAAACUAUAUGCAUUUCAUUUUCCAAAAGAAGACACCGGCAAAAUAGUAUGAAUUAUGAUAUCCGGGUUUUUCAUAUAAUUUCAGGUUUCGUGAAGGUAUGUAUGAAUGUUUCAUGGUUAGUUUACAAUAAAACAUUAAAAAAGGUUUUCCUUACAGUUUCAUCUCUACCUAUCCAAGCUCUCUUAACUUAAUGAUUGCCUAAGUAUUUUUUCUAUGCCAGAUUUUAUGCAUUUUGUGUCUUUAAAAUGGCUCCUUCAAAUUCAAAUCUAACUCUGCAAAUUACAAAAUUGGAGGAACCUGAAAGCUGGUAUACUUUUUUCAUCUACUGCUUCUUAUUUGCUUCUAUUAGUGUUUGUUUUGGUUUACAGUAUAUGGUGAGAGUAACGAAAUCCAGCCUUCCAGCUGCAAACAAUGCUCACUUCCGUGCUUUUCAGAAGAAAUAUUUUCUAGUGUAUUUCUUGGCACUUUUUGGAGAUUGGCUUCAAGGACCAUACAUUUACAAAUUAUAUAGUCAUUAUGGAUAUACAAAUUUCCAAAUUGCUGUCCUCUAUGUUGUUGGAUUUUCUGCCAGUGUUUUAUUUGGAACAGGGGCUGGUGUAUUAGCUGACACUUUUGGACGUAAGCGAAUGUGUAUGGUGUUCUGUAUUACCUAUUCUUUGUGCUGCUUCAUGAAAAUAUUUCCCAACUAUAAUAUCCUGCUAUUGGGUAGACUUCUUGGUGGCGUAUCUACAUCCCUGCUUUUCUCAGUAUUUGAAUCCUGGUAUGUUUCAGAGCAUAUUCAAAAUUAUGAUUUCCCACAAGAAUGGAUAUCAGUUACUUUUUCCAAGGCUACAUUUUGGAAUGGAGUUCUUGCAAUUGUGGCUGGAGUCAUUGCUAACUUUACAUCUGAUGUCUUGGGCUGGGGACCUGUGUCUCCUUUCCUUCUAGCCAUCCCUUGCUUUAUUACAAGUUGUUUUGUUAUAUCUAAGCUAUGGACAGAAAAUUAUGGCAAGCAGCAGAAAAGUAACAAAAAUGUCUGUAUCCAAGGUCUUCAGAUGAUUGUGUCAAAUAAUCUUAUCUUAAUGCUUGGAAUUGUUCAAUCUUUAUUUGAAAGUGUGAUGUAUGUUUUUGUAUUUUUGUGGACUCCAAUAUUGGAUUCAGUACAUCCGCCAUUAGGAAUUGUGUUCUCAAUAUUCAUGGUUUGUAUCAUGAUUGGCUCCUCAUUUUACCAACUGGCUACUUAUCGUCAAGUUCAACCUGCUGUUCUACUGUUAUUUGCUGUCAUAUUGGCUACAGUUUCACAAUUAGGCUGUGCAUUAGCUGCCAGUUAUUACACUGUCAAUAUUGCAAUAGCAUCUUUUUCAUUUUUCUUAUUAGAAAUAGCUGUUGGGAUCUAUUUCCCUGCGAUAGGAUACAUUAAAAGUGAAUGCAUACCUGAAUCCCAUCGAGCAAACAUAAUGAAUUGGUUUAGAGUGCCUUUAAAUAUCAUAACUUGUAUUAUUCUUCUGUCAUUACAUGGUGAGCGAGAUGCUGGUGGUAAUUGUGUAAUUUUUCUAAUUUGCUCUGGCAUGAUGUUUUGCUGUUCUGUGAUUAUGAUGAAAAUAUUGAAAAUUCUGCCUUAUGUUACUGCAUCUACAGAGCAAAUGUGUUAAUUUGUAUCUGUAUUUCUAAAACUUGUUAAAGUUAUUCUUAUUGAAUUUUAUAAUUUUGAUUUGGAAAAUUGUGAUAUUAUUAAGGAGAGUUUUUGAUAUGAAAACUGAUGCUUGAAAAUUAUUCUUUAGUUCAUAUCCCAGCGUUAUUGUUUGAAAUAAUAUUAGUUUACUGACAAUUUUUUUUGAAAAUAUAUUUAAAAAUUGUAUUAAUUUUUCAUAUGUGAUUACCAAAUUGAUAAACAAGUGUUAAAAACCUAUAAUUUAUGGCAUUUUUCUUGAGCAAGUUUAAUAAAUGUUAUGUCACCAAAAAGAUUAUAUAAUUUAUUUAUUUUUAAAAGAUUAUAUGUUUUUUUAAAGAUUAUAUGAUUUAUUUGUUUAUUUAUUAUCUGUCCAAUAUAACACGCUCAUUCUUGAAAAUCAAUUAGCUUUUAGGUAUUUUGAGUUGUUCGUGAUGUAUAUAUAUAUUUAGAAAGAGAGAAUAUUACAGUGUCAUCAAAAUACUUUAGAUAUUUCAUAACUGCUUGUGUUUUGGGAGUGAAAGAGUUAAGAUAAAGAUAUAUUAGGGUCUAAGAGAGUUUAGAGGCUGUGGAAAUAGAAUAGGUUUUGGCUUUUGUAUACAUAUGAUUUAAUUUAGCAUUCCAGGCAUGAGAAUGCUGGCCUAUACAAUUUAUUUUGAUUCUUCUAUCCAGAUAAUUAUUUCAUUUGAAGUUUUAUUUUCUGUAGCCUUCCUAUUAUGUUUAUGCCAUUAAUUAAGAUACUUGGAGUCUUUUUUUUUUGUUUAUUAUAAGAUAUUUGAAAAAUUACAUUUGUUAAUGUCUAUGCUAUAUAUUUCCUAAUCCUUUUACUGUUGGCUACAAAUCUAAUUUAUGAGCAUAUUGAACAACAAAGAAGCACGGUUUACAUUUCUGCUUAAGUGAAUUUUUAUAUUGUACUGUAUAAAAUGUUUACUUUUUAUGAAUAUUUUUCUUAAAUAUAAAAUAUUCAUUUAUAAUAAUGUUUUGAUUGUAAUCCACUAUUUUCAUUUUGAAACAAUAACAUUUUUAAAUAGUAUAUUUUUUUAGUUGUUUUAUGUUUCAUUUUUUCAAUGAGACAUUUUUAAAUUCUUGAAAUAAGAUAAUUCAUUUGCAAUU